AUGCGACUGCUCGAAUACAAUAACGGCGAAGUCUUCUUGACAAGAGACUUCAAUCGCGACCUACCUCGCUAUGCUAUCCUAUCCCAUACGUGGGGCUCAGAGGAGGAAGAGGUCACGUACAGAGACUUAAUUGAUUGCACGGGGAAGAACAAGGCCGGCUACAAGAAGAUCGAGUUUUGCGCGAAACAAGCGAGAUAUGACGGCCUGCAGUACUUUUGGAUCGAUACUUGCUGUAUCGAUAAGUCGAAUUACACAGAGCUCCACGAGGCUAUAAACUCCAUGUUUCGAUGGUAUCAAAACGCGAAUCGAUGUUAUGUGUUCCUUGCCGAUGUUACUACCCCAAACCUGAAUACAGGGUCUAAUAAUUCAUUGGAAUCGUAUCAUCAUGAGGAGCAAAAUUUUGACAAGCUAGAAACGUCGCUAGGCAGCACGCAGCCUGGUCUGCUUUGGGAAGCAGCUCUACGACGUAGCCGAUGGUUUACCCGUGGAUGGACACUUCAAGAGCUCGUGGCCCCUGUUUCGGUCGAGUUCUUCACGAAACAAGGCCGUUGGCUAGGCGACAAAGCAUCUCUUGAGCAACAGAUCCAUCAGAUAACAGGUAUCCCUGUUCUGGCUCUUAGAGGCGCAAAUGUGUCCGAGUUUGACAUCGAGGAACGAUUUAAAUGGGCUGAGGGGCGCCAGACUACUCGCGAGGAAGACUGGGCAUAUUGUCUUCUAGGUAUCUUUGGUGUUUUCAUGCCACUCAUCUAUGGUGAAGGAAAGUCGAAUGCAGUGCGGCGCCUGAGAAAGAAGACCGGAGCUCACAACGAAGGUAAAAUAAACCGCCUCUUAUUCUUGUAUCUAGCUAAACUCUCUGGAGUGAAACACCACACCUGGCAGGAACUGAAGCCGACGAUGACAAUCCCUUUCAAUCGCGAUCCCGAUUUCGUGGACCGAAGCGACAUUCUCGCACGAAUCGACGAGCAAUGCUUCAAACAGGCUGGUCGUACAGCCCUCGUAGGCCUGGGGGGAGUGGGAAAGUCGCAACUGGCCAUUGAGUUUGCUUACCGGAUCGAUCGAGAAUUGGCACAGGUGUGGGUAUUUUGGGUCCAUGCCAGUACAAGGGCACGACUCGAAGAGGGCUUCCGGAUGAUCGCGGACGCUGUCAAGCUUCCAGGCUGGGAAGAACCCAAAGCCGACAUCCUUCAACUCCUAUACAUCUGGCUAUCACAGGAACGAAAUGGCAGAUGGGUCAUAAUCCUCGACAGCGCUGAUGACGCUGAUGUCUUCUUCGGAACGAUGGCUGGCUCAGAAAGCAAACCGCUAGCAUCGUACCUACCACAAAGCCGAAACGGCUCUGUGCUUGUGACAACGCGCAACAGAGAUCUGGCGCGCAGACUGAUUGGGAAUACCGACAUUAUUGAGGUUGGGACAAUGUCAAAAGCUGAAGCGCUGUUAUUGCUGGAGAAGAAGAUAGGUGUUAUCACGGAUCUGGAUGCGGCUACAGAACUUGUAUCGGCUCUUGAGUAUGUUCCGCUUGCCAUCAAUCAAGCGGCUGGAUAUAUACAGGCGAGGGCGCCACGAAGCUCGGUAGAGAAAUACUUGGCCGAAUUCCGGGAAAGCGAGCGCAAGCGAUCCAGACUAUUAGGGUAUGAUGGGGGAGAUCUUCGGCGAGACUACAGCGCGUCGAAUGGAAUCCUCACGACGUGGCAGAUGUCUUUUGAGCACAUAUACUCCCGACGGCGUUCUGCUUCAGAGCUGAUGUCGCUUAUGAGCUUUUUUGAUCGACACAAUAUACCGGACUUGCUCCUGAAGCCUGCGGCUUCGACGACCAUUAUAGAUGGCGACGAAGAUUCAGAUUCCGAAACUAGUCAAGAGCUGCUGGAUGACGAGUUCGAGGAUGAUGUGGCCAUGUUGAAGGACUUUCAUCUCAUCAAGGUGAAUGAAAAUGGAAUCGAGUUCGAGAUGCACGAACUCGUGCAACUAUCGACAAGAAAGUGGCUAGAAAACCAUGGCCUUCAAGAGCGGUUCAAGGAACUGUAUCUUACACGACUGGAAGCAUCAUUUCCGGAUGGAGAUUAUCUCGAGAACUGGAAGUCGUGUCGAAAGCUCUUCCCACAUGUCGAGAAAGCCAUCCAGUACAAGCCCACGGGAGAGAAGUUGGAAGAGAUAUGGGCGGCCCUCCUAACAAGUGGAGCUUGGUUUGCACUCUCGCAAGGUAGGCUCGUCGUGGCAGAGCGAAUGGCUCAUAAAACCAGGAGAUCCUACGAAAAAUUGCUAGGAGGAGAGCAUAGAUAUACAUUGUCAGCAAUGUUCCUAUAUGCAUCGGUGCUUCUAGACAAGGGACAGUGGACAGACGCCGAGGAGCUCUUCGUGCAAAUAUUGGAGACACGUAAGAAUACGCUCGGAACUGAUCAUCCCGAUACGCUGGCUGCCAUGAGCAAUUUGGCAUCGACAUAUAGAAUCCGGGGCCGGUGGGAGGAUGCCGAAAAGUUGCAGGUGCAGGUGAUGGAGGCUCAGGGUCGAAUGAAAAAGUUCAGGGCAGACUAUUCCGAUACACUAACCAUUAUGAACAACCUAGCGUUAACAUACGUGAGUCAGGGCCGAUGGGAUGAUGCUGAGAAGCUGCAGCUACAGGUGGUAGAGGCUGGCAGUAUAAAACUUGGGAUAGGUCAUCCCGGCCACCUGACUGAAUUGAACAACCUGGCGUUGACUUAUAUGGGCCAGAACCGUUGGAAGGAUGCCGAAAAGCUAGAGGUACAAGUGGUAGAUGGUCGCAAGAUAACACUUGGAGCUGAUCAUCCUGACACUCUCGCCAGUAUGAACAAUCUAGCGUCGAUCUACGCAAAUCAGGGACGCUGUGAUGAUGCUGAGCAAUUGUUUCUGGAAAUAAUAGAGACCCAUAAGGCAAAGCUUGGGUUUGAUCAUCCCAACACACUGAUUAAUAUAGCAAAUCUAGCAACAACAUACAGAUACCAGGGCCGAUUCAAGGAAGCUGAGCAGCUGCACACACAGGUGCUAGAGGCGUACAAGGCGAAGCUUGGCAUUGAUCAUCCUGAUACUCUGACUAGUAUGGCUAGCCUAGCUUACGACUGGAAACGUCUAGGCCGACAUGCAGACGCUUUGGCAUUGAUGGAGAGCUGUGUUCGUGGUCGGCAACGGAUUCUUGGCCCAGAGCAUCCUCAAACAUGCUCUUCAGUAGCAUCUAUUAAGGAAUGGGAUACUAAUGCUAAAGAUGGAAGAUCUUAUCCUUCAACCCUGGGAAUUGAGCAACUUCAACACUUUUCACCCAACGAACGUCCCUAA